CUUGCUGCACACGCACCGAGUGGGAGCCAGCCACCGUUUGCUGCGAGGAUAGUACCAGAGCGGAGAUGCGCCACUGAAAGUUUUCCUAGAAGAACAUGGAAGCCAACCAGUGGACAUAAGAAGAAGAAAGAGCUGGUAUAGGAGUACGAUACAACUUAAUGCAAGUUCGUGUCAUGGUGACAGGUCAAGUGAGAGGCCACUGCUUACAGGAGAUUCUCAAGUUUUAGGAUUUAUAAAGGUUGUUCGUUGAAAGGAAGGAGUCAUGUAUGAAGGACGCUCGUCUCAGGUGCUAAGAGGAGUCUGCUUGAUUUGGCAAGUUGCGCUGAUGACAGCAGCCACGGGGAGUACACUUUGGGAGGUGCCCACAACUUCCACCAGCCUAAGUGAAAGCCUGCAGUGGCAGCCCAACUGCCACUACAGCCACCAUCAGGACAGAGUGAAAAUCACUUCAGAAAUUCCUCCGAAACUGGAUGGUACCUGGUUGUCAACUAGAUGCGAAGUUCGUCCAGGUCCAGAAUUCCUCACCCGCGCCUACACGUUUCAAUCCACUCGUCAUUUCCAGGCGCUGCAGCACUACUACACUGACAGCGGAUGUGAAAAUCCCGCCUACUCCCUCGUGAUCCGAGGAAAGCUCCGUCUUCGCCAGGCCUCCUGGAUUACUCGAGGAGCCACAGAAGCGGACCAUCACCUCAGCGGAGUGGCCAUCAUCAUCCACAGCUUAGCUGCCAAACAGAAGCUAGCCUCAAGGCUUCCCCUUUCCUGCGUGGGUCCACAUCUGGUUAGGCUGGUGCCUGGCAAGCCGCAGGAUCUUUACAAUACGAGGGCAGGAAGGGGCUGUCUUGCGGCAAUGGGCUUCUCUAUGAUGGAGCUGGAUUUGGUGAGGGUGGAGACCCAGCAUCACGAUCACGGGGAGAAAAUCCAGCGUCUCUUUUUGGGGGACAUACACACUGACUGGACCCAAAGAACUCUCUACAGACCUACUGGCUUUCAACAGCCACUACAGAGCGCCAUGCAUCAUAUCCAUCCCUGUCCAGUAUGUGCCCUGGUGUACCGUUCCACAGAACAUCGCCCUCCAGUUCUGCCCCACCAAAUGCAUAACCCUAUUUCCCUAGCCGGUCGCUGGUUUAGCCAGCAGUGUGAAACCCGUCCCACCGUUCUCUUUCUCACAAGAGAGUUUCAUUUUGAUCCAGACCAACAUGCAUGGGAGGGGAUCUACCGCCACUACUUGGAUUCUCUCUGCACCCAGAGCACCUUCACACUUAAAGCUUCAGGUCAUUACGCUCAGGGAAACCCUUCAGUCAAGGUACCGGGAGCCACAGAGUUUGUCUUUAAGGUUACCGAGGUGAGGGUGACAGCUGAAGAUGAGUCCACGGCAAAGCUGUUAAACAGGACAAAGCUGGGGAAGUGUGGUCAAUCCGGAGAGUGGAAGGUUGGAGUGGAGCAAGGUCUAAGCUCCACGCAUGGGUGCACGGUACUCGGCAUAAAGCUGCCGCAUAAGGAGUAUGAGCUUUUCAAGGUUGAACUGGACCACAGGAGACACCCACUGUUGUAUGUUGGGGAAAGGCCGACUGACGGUUCCAGCCCAGACCGGCCGUCGAGGAGAGCAACUUCAUUUCAAGCUCCCUUGAUGCUUUGCAGCGGUGCAGAGACACAGCCCCCCGCUCUCUAUGGUUCAGGGAUCCAGAGCAAACAAGUUCAGGUGGAUACUAGCGGGAGUGAAAGUGUGAAACAGAUCUUGUUGGUGGUCCUUGGAUCUGCUCUAUGCAGCUGGCUUUGGAUUUUUUAGAGACUCAACACAUGGAUGCACAAGGUUCUCCCUCAUCCUAAGACAUUGGAGGGAACUGUAUAUAUAUAUUAGAGUGGUACCUCGACUUACAAGUGCCCCAACUUGCAAGAGAUUUUAAAGUUAUGCUGUCGCUUGCUUGAUAUUUUUCUAAAAUUUGUUACAUUUUAUGCUGCGAGCAAAAUUCAUCUAGGCUGAUUUUCGAGUGAAAAGAAGUUUUUUUGAACAAUUUAGCUUCUCUAAUGACUUAACAAGUUAGUAAACAGUCAACUGCAAGAAGCUGCUGUUGGUCACAACUCACACUUAGACGCUCAAACUGAACCAACCUGAUGCCAACUCAUGACUAGGGCUACGACCAUUAAGACAUCAAAUCAAUACAUCAUUUUAUACAUAACGGAACCAAUUUUCUUAGGGAAAAAAAAUAGUUUCCAGUGGUUGAAAAACUGAAAUCACGGUAUGAAUUGCACUCAUAAGUCAUGGUACCACAAUAUAUGUAUUUUUUCUGUAUAUGGACCCUUCUUUUGGGCCUGUGAUGUUGCUUUUAAUGAUUCUAAACUACAGUUCCAGGUUUACUUUAAAAAAAAAUCCGCCCAUAAAGCACAGAUACCAUCAUUACAGUUAAAAAAAACUGUUCCACCCACAUAUUUUGUGGGAAAUGCUGUUUUCACGUAAUGUCAUCAUGACUGACAAGAUGACUGUUGUCAGCAGUGCUCAUUUUGAGCCAGGAUUCAGUAGAACUAAUGCACUUUGUACAGACACAUUGUUUAUACUGGAAAGAGAAGCAGCCAACAAGCAGCCAUUUUGUAAUCAGUCCUAACAGCUACCAUCCUUUACUGGUCCAAAUCCACUCUGUGGCAGAAGAUGUUACUCUUAUUUUAAAAACCUUUAAGCUUUCAGUCUAAAUGCAGCCAAUGACUAUUUAUUUUAUCAAAUAUACUAUACUGAUAAUGUAAGGGUUUUUUCGCUAUAUUUUUUUUAAGUAUGUGCUACCAGAAGUCAUUUAUUUC